UAUGAUCAGCGUCAUGUACCGCAGGCUCGUGCAGCAUGGUUCUCGGCGCGAUAUUCUGAAUUUUCAUUUUAUUCGAAGCGCAAGUUCAUUUCAAAAUAUCAGGUACGUUUCUUCUUAAAUCCACGCUAAACCUAGCCUAUUAUUUUCCGCUGUAUAUUGUAUUAUAUUUAGAUGCAUAAUCGGUCCCAAAAGCGAGUCUGAUCAGUUGUGUUAUCUGCUUAGAUCCGGCUUGAACUGGCUGGAAUGUUAGAUACCCUUUUAUAUAUGCCGAUAAAUGUUUCAGAUCUUCUGUUUAUCGUGUAUUUGCUUUCGAUUUCACAGUGAAAAUGCCACGUGUACAAAAACGUAAAGCGCCUGCAUCAAAAUCGGCCGGGAAUAAGAAAAAAGGUGAGUUUUAUGUUGCUUGCUAGCACCACAUGCACUUGAAUGAAAUAUUUUCAUGGAAUUAUAAUAAAAGUAAUUGAGAACACCCACGCAGCUAUAGGGUAUCAAAUUUUCCACGUUGGAGGAGGUACUACAAACAAAUUUUACUGGUGUUUUCAUGGAAGUGAGCCAAUCCAUAAACACAAAUUAGCUUUACUUUGUGGAGACCGAUUAAUAGAUCUGUUGCUUGUGAUGUUACUCUGAGUGUAAUACUCAUCCACAUCGGGCAGGCUUGAAAAAUAUGCCUCGCCACGGUGGGAAUCGAACCUACGGCUAGUAUUCCAAAGGUCAUAGGUUCGAUUCCCACUGUGGCCAGGCAUAUAUUUCAAGCCUGCCCGGUGUGGAUAUACAUUCAGAGUAAUAUCACAAGCAUCUUAUUCACCUGAGUACACUACACCAACACAGCAAAUAUCAUAAUAGAUCUGUGUUUGCAUGCAAACUAUUCAGAUGGGUAGGCUUGCAAUGCCUGGCAUUGAGGUAUGUUUGCACGCUAUGGUGACCAUUGCAUUAGUAAAUCGUACACAUCAAAUCGCAAUGUGAGAUCUCUGUUAGACAGGCUAGCUUGGUUCGUAUAUAUAGUUAAAAUUUAUUGGAAAUAAUAACAAGGCCUAAAACAAAAACUUUUGGUUCCAGUUUCCUGACCGACCCUUUUUUUCUGCCGACCCUAUUAUUUUUUUCAACGCAAUUGACCAUGCAACCCUAUUUUCUCCGGGUGGUUGUGGGCUGCUUAUACAGCAUGCCAAAGUGGCAUCUGUUGUCACAAUAAUUAUUGAACCAAAAUACCAUUUAAUUGCCUACAUUUGUCCAUAGGAAAUACACAUCUCUGGUUAAUUAAUUAAUAUUGAUGUUGGGACUGUACUGAAAAUCACCCAGCAAAAAAAACUGCCAAAACCAUAAAAAAUAUUUUAAAAAAAUUCUUUCCGACCUACCUACCCUAGUUUUUUCACGACAUGAAACCGGAAUCACAGUUAUUUUUUAGCCCCAAACAGUGGAUCUUGGCAAAACUGGCUAGAAUGCAUACUGGCUCAUGUCCAUAUAAACACUUCCUUAGGCAAAUAUAUCUGCACAAAUGAACCCUUAUAUCAUUGCUUAUCAGCUAAUCAAUUCUAUUCAUUUUCAGCUGUAAAUGGAAUUGAAUCAGAGAAGCCAAGUGGGUUUGUGUUAUCAAUGGGUCAAGGUGACACAGGACAGUUAGGUCAAGGCGAUGAAGUGUUUGAACGAAAGAAACCAGGAUUUGUUAAAGGACUGGAUGAUAUUCAGAUUGUGCAAAUCGUUGCUGGUGGAAUGCAUUCAUUGGCCCUCAGCAGCACUGGACAGGUAUGUGGCAUGAAGUUUAACAGAUCAGGGUUGAUGAAGGCCUGCAUAGACAUACAAGAUGGGGGGUAGGGGGGACAAACCUUAGUUUUUUUCUAGCGUACCAAUGCUUACAUGGUUAUAACAUAUUGUUACAGCUUUGUUACACAGUCUGUUAUUCAGCUUACCAUUCAGAGGAUUUCAGAGAUUAUUUGGGCUCAGGGCAGUCCCUCCUCGCCCUGUUAGAAUCCGCCAUUAAUGUUGCGCAUUGAAGACAGCAUGCUACAAAGCAUCCAUUAGUUUCCCUGCUUGUCUGGAUAGUUUUGUAUUUUUUAAUUGGCUCUGCAACUCCCUUAUUGGUCCAGCAUUUUAUUGCUUCAUAAUUUAUGUAUAUGAUUGUCAGGUGCCAAAAGAUUUACUUGAUUCAUUGUCUGCAAUGAUCAUACUUUCCAUUGAAGGUUUAUUCCUGGGGUUGCAAUGACGAGGGUGCACUGGGUCGUCAAGCAACACAAAAUGAUGGUGACGAGUGGCUGGCAAAGAAAGUGGAAUUGCCAGACGAUGUUCAUGUUGCCAUGGUUUCAGCUGGAGAUAGUCACAGUGCGGCAGUAACAAGUACAGGAACUGUGUAUGCUUGGGGAACGUACAGGGUAAGUAAGUACAGUAGUGGUUCUGAUUGAAUGAAUAGUGGGUGCAGGCUUUUAGCCAGGGUAUUUCAAAAAAUACAGUGGAACCGUAGCAACCUACAUUCAUGGACAUGGUAAAAAAACAUGGUACUUGAGAUCAAUUGUCAUAUACUUGUAAUACAAUAUGUUUUUUAGUGAUUGACCGAUAAUCGGUAUUGGCAUCAGGUCAAUUUUUGCUUUAUUGGUAGACAAUCGGAAUUGGUAGAAUUAUCUAUAUUUCCGAUUGUCUAAAUACGCAUUUACAAAUUAUAUGCACUUUACAAAUGAUAUGAACCGCCGAAAAAUGGCCAAAAGUGCAGAUUACCACCAUUGCCAGCUACUAUUUUGAACUUUGAAUAAGAAACAAAAUUUUUCAUAUUUUUGAUGCAGAGAUACAUUUGUCAGUCAAAAACUACAGAAUAAUCAACUUAGUUUUAUGUUUCGUUUUAGGAUAUCAGCGGGCAAGUCGGCCUCCGUCCUGAUGGCAAAAAAUCAGCUCCUGUCGAAAUUCUCAAUUUAACCAACGCUAAAGUCACCAAGAUAGUAUCCGGGAACGACCACACCGUAGCCCUUACUGAAUCAGGAGAUAUCUACACAUGGGGCUGUGCUGAUCAAGGUCAGCUUGGCAGAGUGGCUGGUUACUUUAGCUCAAGGGGCGGCCGGCGUGGUUUGGAAUUCGUGCUGGUUCCGCGUAUAGUCCGACUUCGCCGGGAAACCAAAUUCAAGGACGUCUUCGCCGGCAGCUUUUGUACUUUUGCCGUUGCAAAAGAUUCGGCGAUUGUUUAUGUGUGGGGCUUGAAUAAUUACGGCCAGUUGGCAACGGGGGACACUGAUAGUCCUUAUUUCCCAAAGAAAUCUCAAGCAUUAUCGGAUUUAAACACAGAUACUGAUUGCCCAAUCCGUAUUGCAAGCGGGCAACAUCAUUCAAUAUUUUCGACCGCGGAUGGAAAGGUUUACAGCGUCGGCAGAGCGGAUUAUGGCCGAUUGGGGUUAGGUGAGGGAGCCACUCACCAAAAUCUACCAACGGAAGUGGGGGCAUUAGGUGACCACAAAGUACAGCAAGUCUCUUGUGGGGAGGUGGUUAGCUUUGCAGUCACCGAAGAGGGCCAACUCCAUUCAUGGGGCAUGGGUUCCUGUCUACAGCUUGGAAGUGGUAACGACGAUGAUGAUGUAUUGAGUCCAAUUUUGGUGGAAGGGAAGAAUCUUGUUGUCACGGAACACGAAGUUCUAAACGUUGAAGCCGGUGGACAACAUACUUUAAUUUUGGCGCGAAAAAAAUCGUAGGUUUUUAAGUUUUAAGACAAAAGCUGAAACAAGCGCACUUCUUAUGCUGACUCGUACCCAGUCCCUGAAAUGAGGAUUGAAAAAAAUAAUCGUGCAUGAUGGGAAUGAUCAAGGCUCCUCAAGUCCACUGAUCUAUAUAUGUACUCAUUGACGACUGGGUACGAGUCAGCUUUUUAUGACAAAGGAUUAAUAAUGUUAUUGUAUCUGGCAUCUGCCGUAGUCUAAAGUACUCGCUUGCUUCACUUUCUUCUAUUUUCUCUAUUUGUCGGUAGGAAUAUUCACAGUGAACUAUCUUAGUCUAUAGUAAUUUUUAGCCACUUCAAAAACAUUUCAAGACAAUCAUAUGGACUUGUGAAAUAAUAAUGUAAAGCAAUCUUUCUUAAUAAAACGUUAUUUUAUCAUUGAGCGA